AAAUGAAGAGUCGAUCCAGCUCAGCAGAUAUCAUGGAGGAAAUGAUGGGACCUGACAGGUAUAGAUGGGCCGCCCUGAACGACGAAGAGCGGCUAGCAGGAGCGGCUGCUUUGGCUCUUAGCCAACUGUACGCAGAGCAAGGAGAUGGCGAUAGCCGAAGAGGAGCCUGGGCGCUUCCCCAGUACGAUCCCUACAGCAAGGCCUCGGUGGCUUCCGGGGUCCGGCCCACUCUUCCUAUGCUGUUACGGCACAAGCAGGCCGAGCCCUGUGUGCCAUCCUCUGGGACGUCGAGAGGGACCAGGAGGCUAGUAAUGAAAAGGAAAGUGCUGAGGCGGAGACCUGACGGAGGAGUAGAGAUCUCUGACGAGUCGGUCGCCAGCGAACCAGAGACCAGUGUCGAGAGCGACCCCGAGGUCUGGAACCUGCAGCAGAAACUGCUUCACCUCAGCACCCAUCUGGAAGACAGCAUCUCCGAGGGGGAAAUCGAGUCAAACAGCAGUUUCCUCGACGAGCCUUCCCCGGAACUUUUUCGCCACCGGCAGACUCCCCCCUUUCUUCUUAGGGACUUCCAGAGCCAGAGCUCUCCCUCUUCCCAGCAGGACACGUCUGCGGUGGGACAGCCAAAGUCUUUCAUCCCUCCAAGGUUAGAGCAACUGGGCCGUAACCGUGGGAAAACUGACCGCGUAGCCAAGUAUUUUGAAUACAAGCGAGACUGGGAGAUGUUCCGAAUACCAGGGGAGGAUCAGCGGAAGGAACUGCGCUGGGGCAUUCGGGAACAGAUGCUCUACAAGCCUGACCUCCCAAGCAAGCCUCAGCACUUCUACGUCCCCAACAGUUACAUAGUGCCUACUGAGAAAAAGAGAGCUGCCUUGCGCUGGGAGGUGCGCUGCGACCUGGCAAACGGUCUCAUACCCAGAAAAAGCUCUUCUUCAUAGUUACAUAAAGUCCUCCUCCAUCCACAGGACUAUCGCUUAACUUCUCAGGUGCAUAUCAUUCUCCUAGAUACUUUUUUCCUUCUGGAGGCCCCAACAAUUUGGAAAAUCUCCUUUGUAUUUAUACACAUGGGCUGGUUAUGGUAUAAAAUUACUUUACCUAGCUUCUUACUCCGUUGGCCUGGUUAAACAUCGUUGCCUCUCUGCUAAGACGUGCAAAGCUUCUUUUUGAGCAACUAUUGCAUCAAAAAGUAUGGGAAGCAGGCAAAAUGAAGAACAACCAGUCAACCUACUCUGUGCUCAAGAGAAUAGCCAGUAUAAUAAGUCUUGUGAUUUUUUGCAAUGAAUUGUUCCUGCUCCUCUGGAUGGAUUGUUGUGUGAGCUAUUAAUGCUGUUUUAUUUAUGGUUUCUCAGCAAUAUGUUUCUGUAAUAAAAGCAUGUGAAAAGAGCUGUUCUGUAGAUUACUUAGAAAUAGUACUUGGCACAAAAUCCUCCUAAAUAAAUGUCUAUUAUUCCAGACAUAUCUUUGCACCUAUAAAUGCUCGACUUCCCUUGCCUUGUUUUACCCCGUUUUAAAACUGAAGUCCUGGAUGAAGUAAAAAUAACCCUUUUUAUCCAGCCCUAGGGACAGACUUUCUUACAAGAAAAAGCCUUCAAGCCGCAACAUGGAGAAGGUAUGAAGAAUUCACUUAGCUACCAGAAAACGGCAGACUCCAGAGCUGGCUUGGACAGUUUAGUUGCAGGACACGGACAGGAAACGAGCGCAGGAAAAAACGCCAGGGCAUCUGUCACAGAUGCCCCAGCUAAAUCCCCUCUGCCUUUACAACGCGGAAGCCCUAA